AUGAUGAUGAUAAUAUGUUUUAUCUUUCUUCUGCUUGCUACGCCCAUCGCUUCGCAGACCACCAAUGGUCAAACUCGAGUUUUGUAUGAAGCAUUCGAUCCUCCAUCGCUCAACACUAGUAUUUGGAAUUAUGGAUAUCCAUGGGGAUCUUAUUAUAAUCAUCGAGCCAAUACUACUCCUCGUCAAGCUAAAAUUACACAAGAUGGUUUCUUAAAUAUUACAGCGACAAGAGAACGAUCGAUCUCACUUGGUUUACAGACUGAAUUUGGUCCAAUUGAUCUUGAUUUUACUUCAGGUGCUGUGAAUACAAAUGGAAAAUUGUGUAUUAAAAAUGGCUUUGUAGACAUCAGCUUACGUGCAGCUGAAACCCCAAGCACAUGGCCGUCAGUGUUUCUUGUGCCUGAAGAUCAAGGUACAGUGCCGAUGCUUACUAUCAUGGAAGUAUUUGAUUCAAGAUCACGUUAUUCUUACGGAUUUAAAUAUACAAAUGAUCAAGGUGAAGUACAAGAGGAAAACGGAAUCGCCGACGAAAGACAAACAAGCGAUGGUAUUCAUCGUUAUGGAUUAGAUUGGGGUUAUGAUCAAAUUACAUGGUAUUAUGACAAUAAAUGGGUUAGUACAAUUACAAAAUCGAAUGAGUUACGUCAAGUUGGUAAUAUGUGUCUGGUAAUCGCAUUGGGUGUCGGAGGUAAAUCAAAAGGGACUGCAGUCGAUCCUAAAGCUUAUCCAUCAAUUAUGAGUAUUGAUCUGCUCGAAGUAUGGCAACCAAAAUAUGAUGGAUUCUAUAAGUUUCAGAAUGUUCAAACUGGACUCUUAAUGGAAAUUGACAGUGCAUUACACGACUGGGGAACUAGAGUUUUGCAAUGGGAGGAUAAUGGAGGCGACUGGCAGAAAUGGCAUGUCCAGUAUGCAGGUCAUGGUCAGUAUCGUCUAAUCGCGGCUCACAGUCGCCUAGGUUUAGAUGCUGAUGCCUGGGGUGUAUCUGAUGGAACUAAAUUACUUCAGUGGUCUUAUCACAGUGGUAACAACCAACUUUGGAAAAUACAAAUAGUUGAUGACAGUUCUUCAGAUGUAGUAGUACAACUUAUCAACAUUUUUACAUUAACUAACUCGGAUGUAGGCAAAAUGAUUUCAGUUCCAGCUGAUGAUACCUCACCUGGUGUACAAUUACAUUUAUGGCAUGAUUUGAAUAGUGAUCUUCAAAAAUGGAGAAUGAUUCGACUGUGA